CUGUCCUCUGCGAACCUGCGGGAGUGAAUUACCGGGGGACAGAGAGACAUGGCAGCUCUACUGAGACCGGCUCGCUGGCUCCUCCGUGGGGGGCCCAGGUUCGCCCCGCUCUUCCCGCUCCCCCUGCGCCACCUCACGGGCAGGGUGGGCCUCCCGCGGGCUGUCGCCGCCAGCCUAGUGAGCCCUAGGCCCCUUGCUAGAACUCUGAUCAGUGAAGCUAACUCUUACUCAACUGUAGCUCAGAAAAAGAAUGAUCAUCAAGAAGAAUCAAUUUCUAUUUAUAAAAAACAGAUGAAUCAGUUUGAUUGGGCAUUGGGAAGGCUAGAUCAUUCUGUUAGAAGAACCGGCCGUAUCACUAAAACUCUUUUACAGAACGUUUAUCGUGAUAUCUGCAGAUCAGGAAAUCCAAGUAGUAACCUGGCUUUGCUUUUACUGCGUAGCUGUGGCUCUCUAUUACCUGAACUAAAACCUUCAGAACGAACAGAAUUUGUCCACAGGAUAUGGGACAAACUACAAGCGUUGGGUGUGACAUAUGAUAUAAGCCACUACAAUGCUUUACUUAAAGUAUAUCUUCAGAAUGAGUAUGAAUUCUCACCAACUGAUUUUUUGGCAAAAAUGGAGGAAGCAAAUAUUCAGCCUAAUCGUGUGACAUACCAGAGACUGAUAGCUGCUUAUUGUAAUAAAGGAGACAUUGAAGGUGCCAGCAAGAUUCUUGGAUUUAUGAAGACAAAGAAUCUUCCAGUCACAGAAAUAGUAUUCAGUACCCUUGUUACCGGGCAUGCAAGAACUGGGGAUAUGCAAAAUGCAGAAAACAUUCUUUCAGUCAUGAGAGAAGCAGGAAUUGAGCCUGGUCCAGAUACUUAUUUAGCAUUAUUGAAUGCAUAUGCUGAGAAAGGUGACAUUGAUCAUGUUACACAGACUUUGGAAAUGAUGGAGAAGACUGAUAACCACCUUAUGGACAGAGAUUUAAUGCAAAUUAUCUUUAGCUUCAGCAAAGCUGGAUAUCCUCAGUAUGUCUCCGAAAUUUUGGAACGCAUGAAAUUUGAAAGAAGAUGUAUUCCAGAUGUGAUGAACCUCUGUCUGAAUUUAGUGACGGAAGGAUUGGAAGAUGUAGCAAUGCAAAUUUUAGUAUCAUGUCCAAAAUCACUUGUAGGAAAAACAAACGAAAGUGCUACAAACUUUGGCAAUUUUUUUUUACAACAUUGUGUCACCAUGAAUACGCCCUUUAACAAGUUGGAAGAAUUUUGUGAAAAAUUAAAAGAAGAGAAGCUACAUCUUGCCCCUUUAGAAUUCACUUUGCUCAGCGCUCUGAGAGCCAAAAACACUGAUUUGGCAACUGACCUUAUGAAGGCAUUGAAGGAACAGAAAGCUCCUAUCAGACCACACUAUUUUUGGCCAUUAUUAACUAAACAUCAGAAGAACAAAGAUAUUCAAGGCAUAAUUGAAAUUGUCAAAAGAAUGCAUGAGUUAGGAGUAAAUCCUGAUGCUGAAACAUAUGGAAAUUAUGUCUUCCCCUCUUUUAAUAGUAUACAGUCAGCACGUGCUGCAUUACAGGAAAAUGGGUGUCCAAUUAAUGACAACAUAUUUGAUUUAGCUGAAUUGAGGAAUGAAGCACUAAAAGGAAACCUUGAACGUGUUUUAUCAUUAUUGACAUCAUCUAAAUCAUCAAUGGAAUUGAGUUCUUUUAGAGGCAGUCUGAUUUUAGGCUUUAGGAGGUCUGGUGAUAUCAAUCUUUGGAGCAAGAUAACAGAACAGUUAUACAAGGAUGGACGUUAUUGGCAGGGACCUUCCGGACCAACUGAAGCUGUUGGCUAUUUUCUUUAUCACUUGAUUGACAGCAUGAGUGACUCAGAGGUACAGGCCAAGGAGGAGCGUUUGAGACAAUACUUCCAUCAGCUGAAGAAGAUGAAUAUAGAAAUUCCUGAAAACGUCUACAAAGGGAUUCGUAAACUGCUAAAUAGGCACCGUGUUCCUGAAUUAAUUAAGGGUGUGGCCUCAUUGAUUGAUAGACAGACUUCAAGGCUUUCACAAAUUUUGGGGGAAAGCUUAUCUGACAUAGAACAGAAACUUGAAAAUUUGAAAACUGAAAACCAGCCCAUAGGAGAUGUCCUAAAGCAACUUAUACUAAAAUUGUGUGCAGAAGAGAAUAUGCAGAAAGCUCUUGAAAUAAAAACAAAAUAUGAAUCUGACAUGGUUGUCGGUGGUUAUGCAGCUUUAAUAAAUCUGUGCUGUCGACAUGAUAAUAUAGAAGAAGCAAUGAACCUGAAACAGCAAGUAGAACGAAUCGAUUCAUCAAUUACUCUUUCUCCGGGCAAGUAUGUAUCUCUUAUCAAAGUCUUGCUGAAGCAUGGCCGACUCCAAGAUGCUAUUAACAUUCUAAAGGAGAUAAAAGAGAAGAAUAUUCUUCUCAAAGACAGAACAUUCUUUUCCCACAUCAUCCAUGAGGCUGCCCUCCUAGGAGAAGUUGAAACAGUUAAGCAGUUACAUGAAGCCAUCAUGACCCUGGGGUUAGCCAAACCAAACGUCACUUUGUGUUCCCCUUUGGUUACUCUUCACCUUGAAAAGGAUGAUAUACCUGCAGCUCUUGAAGCCACUCUUGACUGCUUUAAGAAAUAUGGCAUAAUGCCCAUGAUCCAUGAAGUCUUAUGUAAACUGAUAGAAAAAGGAGAAACUGAUCUAAUUCAAAAGGCUAUGGACUUUGUAAGCCAAGAACAAGGGGAAAUGACAAUGCUCUAUGAUCUCUUUUUUGCCUUCAUGGAGACAGGAAAUUACAAAGAGGCCAAGAAGAUCAUUGAGACUCCUGGAAUUAGGGCUCGUUCUGGGAAACUUCAGUGGUUUUGUGAAAAAUGCAUUUCCGAAAAUCAGGUUGAAACCCUGGAGAAAUUGGUUGAAAUGACACAGAAACUAUUUGAAUGUGAUAGAGACCAAAUGUACUACCAUCUUCUACUACUCUGCAAGGAAAAUAAUGACUGGCAGAGAGCUGAUGCUGUUUGGACUAAAAUACAAGAAGAAAAUAUUAUUCCUCGUCAGAAGACAUUGAAGUUGUUGGGUGAAAUCCUCAGAAAUAACAAUCAGGAUGUUCCAUUUGAUAUACCCAUGUUGUGGUAUGAUGACUCACUUGAAGAUGAUCCUCAGCAGAGUGCGUUCUCCUUACCCACAGAAACAAUCUUAAAGAAUGAGCUAAUGAAGUUUUGCCAGAUGAAGAAUAGUGAAGAUGCAUAUUCUCUGUUUCUGGAGGCACAAAAGAAGAAUGUUGUAUUUCCUGCAAUUACUUAUUCCACACUCAUAAAGUUAUUGUUGGCUACUGGUAAUCUUGAUGAAGCCAUGAAUGUGAAAAAUAUUGCUGAGACCCACAUCAAGGGCUUCACACUGAACGAUGCUGCCAACAGCCUCCUCAUCAUAACGCAAGUUAGGCGGGAUUAUUUGAAAGAUGCUGUGGCUACAUUAGCAUCAGCCUUAGAUUCUCGUCAGAUACCUUCUCCACUCUCAGUUAGUCGCCUUGUUCAGGCUUUGGGUUCAAAAGGUGAUAAAGAAAAUAUACAAGUAGUUGAAAAGUUGGUACAUGACUUUCAAGAUUCACUUCGUCUUUCAAACAUGCUUUUUGUCAAUAAUAUUGCUUUAGCUGAAAUAAAAAACAAUAACCUAGAUGCUGCAGUCGAAUAUCUUGAGCCUUUAUAUACUUCUGCGUCUCCGGGCACUGAAAUGUCGAGUAUUGCCUACGUAUUCAGAAAAGUCAUAGAGGAGCAGUUGGAACCAGCUAUUGAGAAAUUGAGUAUCAUGUCAGAGAGACUGGCCAAUCAGUUUGCCAUUUACAGACCCGUCACGGAUCUGUUUCUUGAGUACAUAUACUUAGGCAGGCUGGAUGAUGCAAGAGCUCUACUGCAGAGGUGUGGUGCAAUAGCGGAACAAACUUCAAUCCUUUUGGGAUUUUUUCUUAGGUACUCUAAGAUCCAAGGAAAGACACAUGUUCUCAAGUCCUUAUUGGAAAUUAUUCCUGACUUAACUGCAAAUCUAGAAGUAUAUGGUCUCCUCAUGAGAAGCUAUGGAUUGGACAAAGAUGUUGCUUCUGCAAAAGCCCUAUAUGAGGAAAUGAAAGCAAAGAACAUAGAAAUGGACAGUGUAUUUUUAAAACAUUAUGCUAUUUUGUUGAAGAAAGCUGGCGAGACUGUCCCUUUCCCUGAACCCCCUGAAAGCUUCAAAUUCUACAUACAGCAAUCGAAGAAAGAAGAACAAGUUUCUUUGUGAGGUGGUGGAGUUGCACAUUGUUUAACUUUUAUUGAUUCUGUGACAGAAACAUUGUUUUAAAAUGUGUUUGUCAGGGGAAAAAGUGGUGGGGAGGGGAGACCUAAUUUUUGUUUAUGUACUUUUAUUUACUGAAUCUACCAUGGGUUCAAUAUGUGUUAAUUGUAUUGUUAAUAAAUUCAAUAUGUUUAACUCUA